AAGGUGUGUAUCCUGUUCAGUCAUUGAACGAACACGCACCAUAGCGUACUGAAUAGCACAAUGCACAUCUCAAGUUAGUUGUUCUUUAAUAGUGCUUGUAAGUCUCGGUCUCUCUCGCUUAAAAUUUGAGAUCUCGUUAGCCUGGUAGAGAUACAAAUUUUUCACUUGAGUAAUUGUUGUUAAACAUAGUAAGAGCAGCGGCCGCUGUUACUUGCUAUUAACGCAAGCGACAGACUUCAACUUAAAAGUCAACAAGGGAGCACCGUGUUGUAAUAAUUGUUUUACUUUCUGUUGACCUAAACAAAUGGCAUGGCAGAGCGCACCUUAUGAAGCCCUAAUUGAUGUUAGCCCUGAUAACAACCGCUCUAACAACGACCAAGUAAACGUAGAUACAGCAGGUGUGCGUAUCGUACGUCGAAGGGAAUUUGGUGGAAAUGUACCAGGUCGAUGGAAUCAAGAUGAGGACGGUGAGGGUGAAGUCAGUCUUCCAAAUCUGACUCUAACAGACGGCACUACUGUUUUUGCUGAUGUUCACACAGAAAUGGAAGUUCGUGUUGAAAAACCACGUCUAUGUCGCGAGUACGGCGAACCACUUCCUCACCUUAUGGUAGAUAUGUGGAUCCAAACCAUCAAUGCUGAGUACAUACAAAUGGCUGAGAACUGGAGAAUCUCCAGCUACAUGAGAGGCGUGGUAUCAGUCUCAGAGGUCAAGUUCAAGUUUACUGCCAGGGAAAGUCCUGUGGAGACUUCUAAAUAAACUUGUCAGUGCAGAAC